GCACCCAGUCCUGCUGCUCAGAUCCAUAGAGGGUUCUACGAGCUGCGGGAUCUCAAGAUUUGCUUUGGGUUCUGAUCAAUUCAAAGUGUCUGACGCUGACAGACAGAGAAGAGUUACGUAAAGAAAAAACGACAAAACCUUUUUCUUUUUGGUGAGGCUGAGUUUUCAGAAGAUUACAACCCUCCACAUUAUACAUCAUAAAUCUGGAAGGGAAAUCUUUCAUUCCUGGGAUUAUAUAUCCAGAUGUCAACCAAAGCUCACAAUGCUGUAGGAGUACGCUCUGCAUGGAGGCCCCACACUCCUGGUGCUGCAGCUCCACCAGCAGGCCCACUAUAUAAUUAUCAAGGUGUACUCAACCUGAAUGACUCAGCAGCUGAAAUCAGAUUUUUUUCUUAAUGAGACUGCAUCAUGAUCUCAGUCGAGAAGCGCCGUUCAAGUCGAAAGAGCGGCAAACAUCGCAAGCGCAGCGACACGUCCAGUGGUGGAUCCUUCCUGGAUGAGAAUGACCGUGAGGUCAGCAGUCUGACCGACAGAGCGUUCAAGAGCCUUUGUAUUGGAGAUGAAGCUGUGUAUAAUGACUCCCACCUUGGAUUACCCUCUUCCAGCACCCACAUCGACAGACAGCUCGCCUUCGCUCAAGAUGAGCCGUUCAGGGAUGAAGAAGAGCGGGAGGAACUGAAGAGAGCUGCUCAUCAGAACUUCAGCUUGAGGGUGCAGCAGUAUGGACAGGACUGGGUGCAUGAAGGAAUGUAUGGGACAUCGACCCAUAAAGAUCCAGAGUGGGGGGUUUAUGGGGACAGGACACAAGGUAGGGUGUCUGCCACAUUCCAGAACUCCUUUGUUGAAACCUCUCAACAAGGAAUGUCUCUCAGAGAAGAAGAGCUUUCCUUCAUCAGCAAUGGAGCCACAGAGCUAAGUUUACAGCAUCACCGCAGCCGCUCCAGAGUCUCCUCGCUCAUCAGAACCUUCAACUCUGAGGUAAAAAGGAACGGAGCGAACAUAAAUGAUCAAUUCCGAGGGUGUAACGUAGAGACAAACUGGGACAAAUCAGCUUUGAUGAAUAUCCACAAUGAAUUUUCUGAUUUCUCUUCAUCGUACCAGCAAAACUUAAACAGCAGCAGCAACUUUCCCUCUGCUGGCCCCUUUUCCUGCAGAGAUGACAACUUCUAUAGCUCCGACAUGGCAGCAGUGGCUCACAUGUCUCACAAUUCUGUGUCUUCCUUUAUGAGAUCAUCACACAAUGAGCUGAGUAUGUCUGCGCAGGCAAACUGCAACUCGCCCUUCUUCAUACACAGUGAGUUUAGUCCCUUCAAGGUAUGGAGGGAGCAUAACAGGUUUCCCUUCCAGCAAAGAGAAAUCUCUGGCUUUAUGCACUGCUCACAGUUCCCAAAAUGGUACGAGACACCAAUGUACAAAGAGCUUUCACUUGAAAAUCAACUGCAGGGUCCUUAUAGAGGCAUGAGACACAGUAGCAGCAACUUGGCCCCAAGGGCUCCUUCGAAUCCCUCACACUUCACCUCCAUGUCCUUGAUGCAGCAGAAAGCUUCAGCUGUGGAGAAGCGCAGUGAGUCUGAGCUUGCAGGUCAUUACCCUCAGAGGAGGCGAACUCAGACUCUGGGAACUAACAAACUACCCUGCCAACGCCCAUCAACUGCAUCCCCCACGGUCGAGAUGUCUCGACGCGUCAGGGAUACCAUCAGUUCUGUCAAAGCCCUCCAGCAGAAAAUCAAAGUGAUGUCACAGCAAAAUAUCUCAGCAGGGGUGAUAACAACCCAACAAGAAUCUUUUAGGAAUCACAAUUUAUUUCAAUAUGGAAAUAAUGCUGCUCCAAAGAUGGUAAGCAGUGACAUCAGCACAACUCCUUUUACCAUCAGCCAGCUCCCUACGCCUUCAGUGACUGCCCAUCAAGAAGAAAACACAUCAGGUUUCCAGCAACACGAAGCUUCCCCUCAACCAGUGGAGCAUCCUCCAGUAAGGGCUGAAAGCAGGGGAGUUACUCCUGAUGCUAGGCUGUCCUCCUACAAAUCUCGAGCAACAAGCUUACUCUUCAAUCUUAAAGACAACAGGAAAAGAGUAAAAAGCACUUAUAGUCCAACCAAAUUUAAAGGUUUGGAUAAACAGGAGAAAAACCAACAGCCUCUUAUCCAGGAGCCAAGAGAGACAGUAAUAGAUGUGCCGGAUUGUCUAGAUCCAGAUAUUCAGUUUUUGCAGCAAGAAAACUCCAGAAGCACAAUUAUGGCUGCUAACCAGUAUCAAAACCCUGCACUGACCCUUGAAACUCAACUCGAAAGAGUAAAUACAGGCCAAUACCUGGAAAACACUUCGACUGAUUACCAAACUGCUCAGGUGCAAGGAGGAAUGAUUUGUCAUUCUGGGUUCAGUGGCUUCAUAUCUGGAAAUUAUACUAGCAAUCAGCUGACUAAUGGACAGAAUCGCCAUGAAUAUUUAGCAUCAUUUACUCCCUAUAAGCAAGGUGGCAGAGAUAACAGUCAACUUCAGGAAGGACUUCAACACCCUCAUGCAGCUGCGGACAUAACAAGGCUUAACAUUGACAGAAGUCAAAGCAAAGACAGUCUGAUAAGAACAGCAGAAGCAGAACAGGCGUUAAAUGAACCAUUAGGAAAGGUCAUAACUGAAAGGGGUAGAUAUGAGAACUUCCAAGAUGAAAUCAACAAUCAUCAUAACACAUCCUCAAAUAGUAAGUGGCAAAACUGCAAAGACACAGAAAAGGUGAGUCUGAAAGCUGCUGCUCUGCCAAUAAAACAAAACUCAGUUCACUUAAUGGAAAGGCAAGAAAAUCCAAGAAAUGUACAUAAAGCAACUGAAAAUGUUGAGGCUAUGGAGAGCUUAAGUUUCGAAUCAUCUUCUCAUAAAAGUGUCAGUUCGGUGGGUAAUAGUUUUCUCCAUAAAUCAAAUGCAAAGAAAGAGCAAAAUGUGCAGGACAUGAGAGAUGAUGUGGCAUUGAAUUAUAACACACAUGCAAAUAAAGAUAAUAAAAGGCCAAACCAGCUUAAUCCCACAACAGAUAAUGCAAAGCUAAAUGCAGCUCAGAUAAAAACAUAUACAUCACUCAUGACGGAGGAUGAAAAGCAAAUUCUACAGCUGCCAAAGUCUAGAAAUACAGGACAAGAAAAAUCUUCUGUUUGCACUGACAAUGCAUCUGAAUUCAUGAUGGCAAACCAGAUGAACCAUGAAGAGUUUGACGGAGUGAAGGGUGAACAAGCCAUGGCAGAAAAUAAAAGAGUAAAACACGGCAAAGCACAGAUGGCAGCAGCUCAACAGAGGGCUGAUGCAGAGCAGCCAAAGGCAGAGUCCAACAGGUUAAUUUUAACCGGACAGACUGACCCACAAACUGACAAAACAGACUCCAAAGCGGAAGCAACAAAAGCUGAGACUCUAAAGCAAGAAUGUAUGAAAAAAGAAGAGAGUAAAGGAGAACUGAAAGAAGACGAAAGAGAAAAGCAUCCAGAAAAAAGCAUGGGGCAACAUGCAGCAGUGAAAACCAAAGCUUGGAUGUCAACAGAUGAAUCUACAGGUGUUUUAGGAAAAGAUGAAAACACAGAGACGAAGCAGGUUAAGCAUUUCAAAAGAGAACAAGAGGAAACAGAGAAACCAGAAGAAAAACAAAAGAUAACUCAAACAGCUGCCAUCGAAAGAGUAAAAGAAUGUAGAACUGCACAAGAAACAGACAAAACCAACAACCCAGAACAAGCUGAGACAGAUUGGCUAAGAAAAGAACAAGCUGAGAGUGGACUAAUAGAGACAGAACAGGUCAAAACAGAAAAGAUUCAAGUAGAAGAGGCUGAAACAAAAUGUAAAACAACUGAGAAGACAGAGCAAACCGAUGACCAAAACAACAAAACAAAGCUAACAAAAACAGAGGAAGAAGAAGGCAGAAGAAUGACGCAUGUAGUGCAAUCUAAGACAGAGAAAGACUCAACACUUUCAAGACAAGUAAAUGCAGGACAAUCUACAAUGUGUGAUUUCAAAGGCACAAAACCAGAGGAGAGAAAAGCAGAGCAGCUGAAGCAGGAAGAAAGGAAGGUGGAGCUGAGUAAAGCGGAGCUACUGAAAACAGAAAACCUCCUGGAAAAGUCAGCCAAACUCACAGCUAAGCUCGUAGCCACACAGCAAGUCAGAAAUGAGUCUGAUAAAGUUGAGCACGUCAAGACAGAGUUAGCCAAAGCUAAAGCGGAGCUGGCCAAAAUCAAGGAGAAAAUGAGAGGCGAACCAAAAGAAAAAGUCAGCAGCAAUGUCAUUGUGAGGGAGGAUGAAACUCUGAAGAAUAAUUCUUCCUCUAGUGUGGUUGCAGUUAAAAAGGCUGAACAACAAACAGAGGAUCAGGCAGUGGAACUAAAAACAGAUAGAAUACCUGAUGAUUACGAACGUCUUAAAGAAAAAUAUAGAUUCAUUCAUGCAACAUCAACACUUAAGAGCAACUUGUCAGCAUCAGAGAGUGCUUUAGGUCCUGUCAGUGGGGCAAAGAUGGAAACAGUUACGGCAGGAAAUAAUGAAGACUCAAAAAGUCCUGCCAGCACAUUUUUGAAAAGUAACACACAAAGUACCAAGAAAGUGAUCAACUUUAGAGAAAAUGAGGCCACAGAAGGUCACGUUGAUAACAAUUCAUCCAAGGAAACGUCCAUUGUUAAAUUUUCUCAUAUGAAUGAGUAUGAAAGAGUAAAUGAAGAAGAUGUAGCUGAUAAGUUAAAAGUCGCUAAUGUUAAAAAGAAGCAAAAUAUAGAUUCUAAAAUAGACAAUGUUUCACCGCAGAGUAAUUCGGAGAUGGCUAAACUGCACCCUCAUGAUGGAAAACCAAACUCGACUGAGCACAGCAAAAGCACUGGUAAAGAACCCCAAAUCGCCUUUCCUAAAACAUUAUCCUAUAAAGAAAAAGCUCAGACUAAGCAGGAGAUCUUAACUUCCAAAAUAAAAGCUCAUGCUGAGAAGGAAAUUUCAGCACUAAAAGAAAAGGGGUUUUCUCUCAGCAAGAAUUCUUCAAAGCAGUUGGUAGGUAGCCAGAGUUUCAACGUUCGACAGAAGCCACUCUCACAAGAUGAUGCUAAAAAACACGAGGGUGCAUUGUCCAACUAUGUCUCACCAAAGCAUCCGCUGGAGUCUUCAGACGUCAAGACAGAACUAGAGUUUGGUAGAACCCCAACUCAGACUGUAGAAAAACCCAGUAAAACAAACCCCACAGCAAAUAAUAUCAAGACAACUGAGAGCUCUGAAAAGAAACACACUGAAGUCAAGUCAUCAAUGCAGAACAGCGAGCAAGCAUCCAAGAUUGAUCAGCAAAAACAGCAAGACAAUCAAAGAGAAGCAACUAAAAAACAAUCAGAUGAGGUUAAAGAUCAACCAACUUCCAAGGCGAUUAUCUACAAAGGAUUUGAGGAUCUAACACAAGCUGUAGAGUCCAAACCUUUGACUAUAAAAAACUCUGAAAGAGAGGAAACGACUUACGAGGACCCACAACCACCAAAUACUGCACUUGGGCAAACUGACCUCCGUGAAGCCGAUGACAGCUUGCAGAUUAUGGGAAUAAUGGUGACUGUACGAGAAGGAAAACCACCUCAGACUGUAGAUGAAAGUAUCAACGCUGAUGAAAGACAAAUGAAAUUCUCAAAGAAAGAAGGGAAUGAAUCUGAGCUGGAUAGAAGGCAAUUUAGUCCAGGCUGUGAAGGAAACACGUGUUCUAAAGAGAUGAACUCAGUUAAGGCUGUGAAAGGACAAAAAUCACAUUCUACUAUGAGUGAAAGUCUGGCUAAAGCUGUUGAAAGUACUAGUCCUGAAACUCCAAAAGAAACAUUAUCAUUGGAAGCUAAAGAUAUCAACGUGGCAAGGGCUGCCAUUGAGAAAACGAUAAAUCCCCAACAGGGGAAUCCUACACUAUUACCAAAACCAGUGACUCAAACAGAUGUGAUGAAAGGUACCCACCUGAUAAAAACAGAUGCAGAAAAAAGCAAAGAACAAACAGCAUUGGGCAACAGUGACUUUAUUUCUAAUGUGGUCACCACUGGACCCGAAGGUCACAGCGAUUCAGAAAUAUCGUCAAAAAAGUUAACAGAGACUUUUGGACUUAAAUGCACCAACAUAGAUGUGCAGACUGCAUCAUCAUCAGAGGACAGCAAGGAACAUUCAGCAAAACUGUUCAGCAAUGCCACUCUUACCAGCAGUUCAACCGAGCAUGAAAACAAACACUUGCCUCCAGAUCUUCAAAACAAAGAAACAGAUAUUAGAGACAGUAGUCAUGGUGAUGAUAAUCUGCAUAUUGAUAGCAUAGCCGUCAGAGUUGUUCCGGCUGUAACUGAUAACAACAAAAGGAACAUCGUGGAAAAACCGCUUAUUGCCGAUUUUCCCUCCAGUGCAAGUUCUGCUGCUGAAAAACAGCAAACUGCAGCGUCUAGUUCUAAAGCAAACGAUGAACAAUGUUCUGAAGAUGUAUCUUCUGCAAGCAGCGAACACAGGAUGAAGGAAACUUUGGAGAACAAUUUAGCCGUGCAGCACGUGCUGUCCAGUGUGAGGAAAUUGUCAGACUUGUUAAAAAUGAAUAGUAAAGUGAGCAACCUAAAUGUAGUCAAUGAGACUGCUGAAGCCAAUGCCGAAUCAAAUGUAGAACUGAAGGAGCUAGACUACUUUCAAGUGCAAGGCCAAGUAGAAACAAACAAUGAGGCACAAAACAACUGUACAACUGAGAAAGCAACAGCAAAGAAAAGCGAACUUCAGGAUACACCACCCAACAAGACAGCCAGUAUUGAAGAUUUACCCAAAGAUGGAAAAUCGGAAGUCUUUGUUUUCAGUGUGGAUCAUUGCUUAAAGAAAGAAGAUUUAAUCUCAGAAAACCCUCAAGAUGACAGUAUUAAGAGGAACAAACUGGAGGCAGUUGACACCCCAGCUUCAAAACUAAAUACCAGUUCCUUUGAGCCAUGCAACAAUGAGGGAAAAGUUAAUGUAAGUCAAGCUAAUCACAUAGGGAAAAAUCCCUCAGAAAACCCGUGUAGUUUAUCAGCUACGGACAAAGAGAAUUCAAGACCUUUUCCACAAAUAAAAGCAGAAAAAGUUACAAUAAAGUCAGAUGUCAAACCAAAAUCAAAAGACAAGACAUCUGCAAUACCUGAAAUAUCAGCGAUUGCUGAUUACGCCCGAUUGAAGGUAAUUGUUUCAGAGGAAAGAGAACUGAAUACAGCUCAGGAUUUCCCACCCAGCAAAAAGGAAGGAUUCUUUCCUCUAAUACGAAGUCAUCAUAGCAGACGCCCUGUCUUUACUACUGACUCGCAAGGAUCUUCUGUGAAAGAAAAAAGUUCAUCAACGAAGCCAGAUGUGAGUGUCAAAGUGAGUAAAGAGCCCAAAGCAACCAUAUUUCCAAUUACAGAGAGAGAACACCAAAGAACAGGGAUGUUCAAAAUGGGAGACAAAGACAAACAAGAAAAGAUGCUUUUGGAGACAGACAGGACGCUUUUAGCUCAGACAAAACAAGUAAGUGAAGUUGAAAUCCGAGAAAUUCAUCAAAAAACUGGUCAGCCAAACUCAUCAUCUGCAGUCAGUGGGCUAACAUCCAAAGAGCUGACAUAUUUAGAUAAAAAUCUCCCUUCACAAGCUGCUUUGGGAGAAAGACAUCACACAAAAGAAAACACAACUUAUCUGAGGAAAGAUGAGAGUCCUGAAAACCAACAAAAUAUAAACAUUAAUGUUAAAGGUGGAAGGGCAGACCGACUGAAAAAGGAAAGACUUGCAAAUCAAGAAGAUGAUAAUAAAAUGAAGAAGUUGGAAAAAGGAAAACAACUGGAAGAAGAAUUGAUGACCAGGGUUGAUAACAGAAAAAAUAAUGUCAGGAUUGAACACAUCAUGGAGGAGAGCAGAGCUUCUUUAGCUGAAGAAGAGAGGAGAGCCGCUCAAAGAGAAGAGGAGAAGAGAGCGAAAGAGCGUGAGGCUGUUGCUCAAAUGAUCAAGGAGAGACGUGAGCAACAAAGACAAGCAGACAAGAAGACAGAAGAAGAAAGAAAAACAACAUGCAAAGAGGAUACAAUUACAGAUCCAAACAUCAAGGAUUUUCAAACAAAAACCAAAAACCAAAUAAGAAUCCCAGAACAUGAGAAGUGUAGAUUUGGUCAAGAACAACUAAGAAGAACAGCAACAGAGCAACAGUGGAAAUAUACUCAAGAAAACCAGCAUGGAAGGGCAGCAAGAGAACAAAUACUAGACCAGCAAAUAAAAAGGGAAUCAGAUACUCAAGAUAAGCAAAUUAUCCAGGGAAAGCAACAACAAGUGGAGCAGCAAAGUAAACUUUUACAAAAAGAGCAUCAGCAAAGGGCAGCAGAAGAGCAACAAAGCAGAAGUUUCACCAGAGAGAAAGAGAAAAGGGCAACAGAAGAGCAAAAGACAAGAUUUACUCAAGAGGAGAAACAGAUAGUAACAUUAGAGCAGCAACAAAGAAGAUCUGCCAAAGAAAAAGACAAUAGAAGAGCCAUGGAGGAGCACCAAAAGGAACUUGUCCAAACAGAGCAACAAAAAAUACCAGCAGAGGAGCAACAAAGGAAAUUCUUUCAUGAAAAGCAACCGAGAAAGGCAGCAGAGGAGCAACAAAUAAGACAGGCUGAAGAAGAAAAACAAAGAAAGAUUGUGGAGGAGCAACAAAGGCAAACUGAAGAGCUACUGAGGAGAUCAACAGAGAAACAACACUGGAGAACAGCUCAAGAAGAGCAACAAAAAAGGAUAGUUGAAGAAGAGGGACUUGAUCAAGACGGGCAACAAAAAAGAAGAUCAGCAGAGGAGCAACAAAGGCAAUUUGCCCAAAAAGGGGAACAGAAAGGAGAAAUACAUGUGCAAAAAAGGAGAUGUGUCCUGGAAGAGCAACAGAGAAGAGCAGAAGAGGAGCAACAAGGGAAACUUUUCCAAGAAAAGCAACAGAGAAAGGCAGCAGAGGAGCAACAAAGGAAACUUUUUCAAGAAGAGCAACAUAGAAAGGCAGCAGAGGAGCAACAAAGGAAACUUUUUCAAGAAGAGCAACAGAGAAAGGCAGCAGAGGAGCAACAAAGGAAACUUUUUCAAGAAGAGCAACAGAGAAAGGCAGCAGAGGAGCAACAAAGGAAACUUUUUCAAGAAGAGCAACAGAGAAAGGCAGCAGAGGAGCAACAAAGGAAACUUUUUCAAGAAGAGCAACAGAGAAAGCCAGCAGAGGAGCAACAAAGGACACUUUUUCAAGAAGAGCAACAGAGAAGAGCAAAAGAGGAGCAACAAAGGAAACUUUUCCAAGAAAAGCAACAGAGAAAGCCAGCAGAGGAGCAACAAAGGAAACUUUUUCAAGAAGAGCAACAGAGAAAGGCAGCAGAGGAGCAACAUAGGAAACUUUUUCAAGAAGAGCAACAGAGAAGAGCAAAAGAGGAGCAACAAAGGAAACUUUUCCAAGAAAAGCAACAGAGAAAGGCAGCAGAGGAGCAACAAAGGAAACUUUUUCAAGAAGAGCAACAGAGAAAGGCAGCAGAGGAGCAACAAAGGAAACUUUUUCAAGAAGAGCAACAGAGAAAGGCAGCAGAGGAGCAACAUAGGAAACUUUUUCAAGAAGAGCAACAGAGAAGAGCAAAAGAGGAGCAACAAAGGAAACUUUUCCAAGAAAAGCAACAGAGGAAGGCAGCAGAGGAGCAACAAAGGAAACUUUUUCAAGAAGAGCAACAGAGAAAGGCAGCAGAGGAGCAACAAAGGAAACUUUUUCAAGAGGAGCAACAAAGAAAGGCAGCAGAGGAGCAACAAAGGAAACUUUUUCAAGAGGAGCAACAAAGAAAGGCAGCAGAGGGGCAGCAAAGGAAACAUUGUCAAGAUGAGAAACAAAGACAGGCAGAAACUGAGCAACAGAUUAGACGUUUACAAGAAAAACAACAAAGAAAGGCAGCAGAGGAACAUCAGAAAAUAACAACAGAGGGGAGACAGGGAAAAUGUUUCCAAAAAGAGCAAGAGAGAGGAGCAGCAAAGGAGCAAGAGAAAACAAUUGCCCUGGAAGAUAAACAACAUAGAACAAUUGAGAAGAAGCAAAUAACUCCUCAGGAUGAGCAUCAGAAUGUAUUAGCCAAAGAAGAGGAUCUCAGCAGAGUAGCAGAACAGAUCCAUGAGAGUACACUUUCUAAAAAGGUUUAUAAAAAAGAACACAUGCCUGAGCAGGAAAAAGAAGAGCAACAGAUUGAAAAGCUAAGGAGGAGAAGAUCUUUAAAUCACACAUUAAUGAAAACUAAAGAAGAAGGAGUCAUGGCUGUUGAUGAAAAAGAAACGACCUUGAAACCAGAAGAAAAACUGGUACAAGACCAGAGUGCUAAGCUUUUAGAAGAGAAAAUAAUUGCAGGAGAUCUGAUACAAGAAAAAUCUAAAAAGAAGGAAGAAAACUUAGCCAUUAACAGAGGAAAGACUGGAGUCAGUCAGGCAGAGAUUCAAAAACAAACCCAAAAGAUGGAUGGCCUCCAGUACUAUGCUUUUACUUCAACAGACAUGGAGGUAAAAUCCAGAGAAAAACGGUUGUCUUCUCUGCUGCGUUCAGAACAGAGAAGCAGCCCAGUAAGGCUUGACUCACCUGAUGACUCUAUAAUCCAAACAAAGUCCUCUAGACCACUUGCCCCUGCAUCUCCUGCUCCUUCUCUGCCCCGUUCCAACACCUCUUCUCCUGCUUUAGGAACAAAGCCCUCAAUGUUUAAAGUGAAGGACAACACAAUUCGAAGUUCCUCUUUCAUUAAGUCAGUCAAACCUCGAUUCCACAAGAACUUUGGAGACGAUUUCUUGCUGGCAUCAACCUUAGAUAGGUCAUUAGAGAAGGUAGAUGAUGAGCGGGAAAGAAUAAAAUCUGGUGCUGGAACUCCUGUCCAUACAGAAAUCGGAACGAAACAAUUUUCUGCCAACACUGAAUUUUCGACUUUAUUCUCGUCUUCAGCGCAGGACUACUCAUUUUCUCACCAUCGGCCCUAUUCCAGGAGGAGCAUUGCUCUUGACGACGAUGAGUCCCGUUCUGUCAUCAGCAACCUUUCAGAAGAUGUGGAAAGCUAUGCCACCAGUGCAGCAGACGUGGGAGAUGUGAGGGGCCUGUUGGAUUUUGAGAGACCAGAGUCGGCCUGCAGUUUUAGCAGUGACGUGUCUCGUUCUUUGGGAAAGCCUCCAGUUGUUCCACCAAAGACAGAGAAAGCCUUACGCAGGGCCCAGAGGUUAACUUCUCGGAGGAUGAAGAAAGAACUAUCUAAAGUUAGCGCUGGAGGUGACAAAGAGACUUCCAGUGUUCCAUCCUCUUCCACUGAGACACACCAAUCCAACAAUGAUGCUGUGGCUUCACCUCAUUUUUCCCAACCUGUUUCCCUUGCUCAUGCUCCAGUGUUGGGGUCCACCUUACCUCCUUCCAGUUCAGAGCUCCAACCUGUUCUCAGGUCCUUCCACUCAUCCCCUCAUGCUACCGGUCCAGUCUCCGUUCCUAUCUUGCCGAAUGCUACCUCUUCUGUUUCCCUCCCAACUGUGUCUCCUCAUACUCCUGGCACUGAUUCCCAGCCUGCUGCUCCAAAGACAGUUUCUAACGCUCCCUCCUCUUCUACUCUUCAUCAUGCUAACCACCCAACUCCUGUGGCACAGUACCAUGUCGAGUCAAGCUGUUUUUCUCAAUCCUAUCCAAUGACGCAGCGCAAGGUUUUGCAAGACCUCGGAUCUGGUCAGUAUUAUGUGGUGGAUGUGCCUGUUCAAGUGCAAACGAAGACUUUCUUUGACCCGGAAACAGGAAAAUAUGUUCAGCUGAAUGUGCGUGAAUCUGGUCAGAGCAUUUCAAGGCCUCACACCCAGCAUACACAGCUUCAUCAAACCAAACUGCAACCUCAGCCCUUUACCCAAACCCCUACUGCUGGAAAGCCUUUUGUGUUAUACCAACGCUACCACAGUUAUCCCCAAAACUACCAACCAACAGCUAAUACUCCUGUAAGGCGCAGCCGGUCCUCGGCUCCUGGGUCACUACAGCAGAACCAUGAGUCUUUAAGUGAGAGUAAAAUCUAUGGAAAUAUGGCAAACGAAGUAGAACAAAACUCUGUAGAGCCAUGUUACAGCCCAGAGAGGACACCAUACAUGGAUACAGUUAUUGAUACGGACAAAACACACAACUCUGUAAAAAGCACACAAAACCCAAUGGAGUCUGCGUCAGAGUGUGGAACAAAAAACCAGACUGAAAAUCAUGAAACAAGCUUUCAAUAUCAGGGUCGUGACAUCAUAACUAUGAGUGAACUAGAGGACUUCAUGGAAGCAACAGAAUGGUAAAACAAAGCUUAGGAUGCAAUUGUUGUACACAUAUAAAAACUCUAUUUCAGGGAAAACAGUCUGGCUUUGUUUGGAAUAUUGUUCUUAAAAUAUUGGUAUAAUGUCUAGUUAAUUUUUCCUCCUUUUCUGAAUUUGUUAAGUUCACCAUUCCAUUUGACUUUUGAACAUGAGAAAAAUCUCUUGAGUCAUUAUUGGUAUGCUGUCACAUAUUUUGGGAAUAUACCAAAAAAAAAAAAAAUAACGGCACCACACUCUCCAACAUAGAAGUGCUUUGUUUUUUGUCUUUUUUUUUGCUGUAAACUCUGACAAGCCUGCAUAUUUUUCUUUUCUUUCUUGAGAAAACUCUUUGGCAUUAUGUGUUGCAUGAAUAAUUAAAUAUAUUUUCAAAUGA